ACCUCUUCCUUCUCGCCUCUCAACCGCCCCUCUCCCCACCCAAAUCGUCGCCCAAUCACCUCUCAAUUUGGUUCGGCAGCUACGUCAUAGAGAGGGAAGCAGUGGAGACAGGAUCCACUGACCACAAUUUCUUCUUUUCAUCUCUCAUUACUCAUCGAUUGUCAUGUAUCGACCUGCAGCUUCCAAAAUCAGAACCCUAAAGGGCCAUGCAGGCAAAAGGACACUAACCAGGUUUGCAAGUUCAAGUGCUGUUGCAGCCAAGUCAUCAUCAGGGGGUCUUUUUAGCUGGUUUACUGGAGGAAGUGGUUCAAACCUUCCUCCUUUAGACUUUCCUCUUAAGGGUAUUGAACUCCCACCUUCUUUACCUGAUCAUGUUGAACAGGGAAAGACAAAGAUAACAACUCUCCCAAAUGGUGUCAAAAUCGCCUCAGAAACUUCAACAAACCCAGCCGCUUCUGUUGGGUUGUAUGUUAAUAGUGGCUCAAUAUAUGAAACACCAGCUUCAUUUGGGGCUACGCAUGUUCUAGAACGUAUGGCUUUUAAAAGCACAACUAAUCGAAGCCACUUGCGCGUUGUGCGGGAAGUGGAAGCAAUUGGUGGCAAUGUGACAGCCUCUGCUUCUAGGGAGCAAAUGGGUUACACUUAUGAUGCCCUUAAGGCUUAUGUUCCUCAAAUGGUAGAGCUACUUGUUGACUGUGCAAGAAAUCAAGCUUUCUUGGAUUGGGAGGUCGCUGAACAGAUUCAAAAAGUUAAAGCUGAGAUUGGUGAAUAUCACAACAAUCCUGAGGCCUUGCUGUUAGAAGCAAUUCAUUCAGCUGGAUAUUCUGGUCCACUUGGGAAUCCUCUUCUUGCCUCAGAAGGUUUACUUAACAGAUUAAACAGUUCAGUUUUGGAGGAAUUUGUUGCCGCAAACUAUACUGCUCCUCGAAUGGUGCUUGUUGCAUCAGGUGUUGAGCACGAGGAACUGUUGAAAUAUGCAGAACCUCUUCUCUCUGACUUGCCAGGUGGUGGUCAGGUUGAGGAGCCAAAGUCAGUGUAUGUUGGAGGUGAUCAUCGUGUUAUGGCUGAUACAGGGAGAACUAGUUUUGCUCUUGCAUUCGAAAUUCCUGGUGGCUGGCUUAAGGAGAAGGAAGCCAUGACCUUGACUGUUCUGCAGAUGCUAAUGGGAGGAGGUGGAUCUUUUUCAGCUGGCGGUCCUGGAAAAGGGAUGUACUCGCGGCUUUAUCUUGGAGUCUUGAAUGAGUACCCUGAGAUUCAGUCAUUUUCAGCAUUCAACUCAAUCUAUAAUCACACUGCCUUAUUCGGAAUUCAAGCUACCACAAGUUCUGAUUUUGUAUCAAAAGCCAUUGAUGUUGCAGUGAAACAACUCAUUGCAGUUGCCACUAACGGAGAAGUCAACCAGGUACAGUUGAAUCGUGCCAAGCAGUCAACCAAGUCCGCCAUUCUGAUGACCCUUGAGUCGAGAAUGGUUGCUUCAGAAGAUAUAGGCAGACAAAUAUUGACAUACGGGGAAAGGAAACCUGUGGAGUAUUUCCUGAAAGCUAUCGAUGAAGUAUCGGCCAACGACAUCACUUCUAUUGCGAAAAAGCUUCUUUCUUCUCCUCUCACCAUGGCUUCUCAUGGAGAUGUUACAAAUGUACCAACAUAUGACUCGGUCAGCAGCAAAUUUCGUUAGUGGUGUGACCACUUCAAAGUGCCAAAAUCGGGUACUAUCUUGCUUCUACACUUUGUGAAUCUUUCAAGGUAAUCUAUACACCUGAUAACCAUGGAUAAUAAGGACAUUUUUAGAUGCCUUCUGCUUUACAAAAGAAUAAUUUAAGGCAAUCCCAUCAAUUUUCAAGGCUUGAUACGUAUUCCCUGUAACUUUUUCGGAGUUUUUCAGCGGGAUCAGUCGGUGGACAUCAUACCGUCUUUGAAAUAACUCAUGUAUUUACUAAAAAGACCAAAAAUCGGGGGUUUGACCAGUCGUUUUGUUGGGGUUUGGGGUUUUAUUAGUCUGAAUUCAGAUGAAACUUAGAUUUUGUUGGGUUAAAUUUGGAUUUUUGGUUUGAAAGAAGAGGCAAAAAGUCUCUUCUAUUACUGGGUUCCAACCAUUCAUGUAUGAAGAUUUUGUCAUAACAAAAAUAAUGUGACAUGCUAUAAGAUAGUUUGUUGUGCA